AUGUCUGCUCUAACACCAAUCACCGGAACUCUCAGAAAAAGAAUCAUCGCCGAUAUCACCAUUGGAUUUGCCAUUGGCGGUGUUAUGGGCAGCGCGUACUGGUGGGGGUUCCACAAGAAACUCGUGGGCAAAAGAGAGGCGCAUUACGAGAAACUGGCGGCCGAAAAGGCGGCUGAAAACUAG